AAGCUGCUCUGUAAACCAAUCCUACACCUAAAUAAUAUCCAAACAUGGCGCCGUCAACCACAAAGGCAUGGACCAUCCAGGGCCAGAACGGCUUCGACUCGCUCAAGUUCAACGAGCAGGCCCCGGUGCCUGAGAUGGGCGACCGCGAUGUCCUCGUCAAGAUCCACGCUGCCUCCCUCAACUACCGCGACCUCAUCAUCCCCAAGGGCAGAUACCCCUUCCCACUCAAGGACAACAUUGUCCCCGGCUCAGACGGUGCCGGCACCGUAGAAGCUGUCGGCAAGCACGUCACACGCUUCCAGCCCGGAGACAAGGUCGUCACGCUCUUCAACCAAGGCCACAUAGCCGGCUCCCUCGACGCCCAAUCGCUCGCCACGGGUCUCGGCGGCGCCAUGGACGGCACCCUGCGCGAGCACGGCGUCUUCGACGAAGCCGGGCUCGUCAAGGCACCCUCCAACCUCAACAUGCUGGAAGCCUCGACGCUCUCGUGCGCCGCCCUCACAGCGUGGAACGCUCUCUACGGCCUCGAGUCGCGCGCCCUCAAGCCCGGCGACACGGUCCUGACCCAGGGCACCGGCGGCGUCAGUCUGUUUGCCGUGCAAUUCGCCAAAGCCGCCGGCGCAAAAGUCAUCGCCACAACGAGCUCGAGUGCAAAAGCCCAGCUGCUGACAAAAUACGGCGCCGACCACGUCAUCAACUACAAGGAAACGCCCAACUGGGGCGAGCAAGCCGCAAAGCUAGCAGGCGGCACAGGCGUGCAGCACGUAGUUGAAGUCGGCGGUCCCACCACCAUGGCGCAGUCGUUCAAAGCCGUCGCCAUCGACGGCGUCAUCACCAUCAUCGGUUUCAUCGGCGGCGGCGGCGGCGCAGACAAACAGCCCACCUUCCUCGACUGCCUCGAGAACCUGUGCACCGUCCGCGGUCUCCUCGUCGGCUCGCGCCUGCAAAUGGAAGACAUGUGCCGCGCCAUCGAAGCCAACAACAUCCACCCUGUUGUCGAUGAAAAAGUGUUUGAGCUCAAGGACCUCAAGGACGCGUACCAGUACAUGUGGGAUCAGAAACACUUUGGUAAGCUGACCAUCAAGGUUGCUGCCUAGACAUUUCAGCCUUGUAUAACAGAGUCCAUCUUCACGUACAUGAUAUAAUCAAA